AUGCGUUUGUCCACUACCAUCCUCUUCGGCGCUCAGCUUUCUGCUUUGCUUGCCAUGCCAACAGCAGAAAUCAGCAAUGCAGAAGCAAGAGACACAGAAAACACGGCUACAAAUCCAGCGCUUCGUGAGAAAAUCGCCAUGGGCGCUCCAACAGAUAAACAACUCGAUACAUCUUCCCCAUUGGGGGCCAUUUUCAAGAAACGGGAAAUCAACACGAUUGAGAGUUACUCUGGUCCUUCAAGAGGUCCCGGUCACGAAAAACUGGAAAUCAACACAGUUGAAGAUUAUUCUGGUCCUUCUAGGCGAGGUGCUGGUCACAAAAAACGGGAAAUUAACACAGUUGAAGAUUAUUCUGGUCCGUCCAGACGAGGUGCUGGUCACAAACGAGAAAUCGAUACGAUUGAGGAUUACUCUGGUCCUUCAAGACGAGGUGCUGGUCAUAAGCGAGAAACCUCUACUGACGCCGGCUACCAGAAGAUAGAAGUUAACACCGUUGGGAAAAAGUCGGGACCAUCACCAAAGGGUCGUGGUCACAAGCGCUCUGUUGGUAACGAGGAGUUUGGACUCUGA